AUGUCUUCACAAGAGACCCAGUCCAACGGGCCCGGCGCCCCUUCGUUUUCCGCCCGUCUACAAGCAGCAGCCGCCCUGACAACCAUUCUCUCGCUCCACAAAAUCCCACAUUCCUUCAUUGGCGGCUUUGCGUUCAACUUGCUCGGCACCUCCCGCUCCACCCUCGACAUCGAUCUGAUCAUCGAGGACUCUGCCUUCUCUCCCGACCCUCCCAGUGCAAACACUCCGAAACCGCCCAAAUCCCCCGAGCCCAUCCAUCUCAUCCGACAACUGCUCGUCGACUCGGAUGAAAGAUUCAGUUUGGUCGGGGGCGGCCUCAUCCCGAAACUCGUCUUCACGGCACAAACGGAGGCGAAGAAGAGCCCGGUCCCCGUCCCCGUCGAAACGCUUCGCGCCGACUCCCUCGGUUUGCCUCGACAUCUCCGUCAAGAUAUGACUGUAUGCGGAAUCUCCGUCCUUCCUCCUCGGUUUCUCCUCCUCACCAAAAUCAAACGCCGCACCAAAUUUUUGGGGAGCGACUGGCCCAAGUCGGUCGAGCGGUUCAAGUCCGACGAAGGGGACAUCAAAUAUUUAUUGAAGUGGCUGGCCAACGAGAACGAGAAGGUGGAUUUUAAGGGGUAUUAUCAUGGUAGUACAGGAGCCAAAGUCUAUGACGAUGAGUCCACGAAAGCUGUGGACAACUUGGUCCAAAAGGUUGGAGAGUUGGUUCGGAUUUGGAGGGGGAAGGGGGAGGACGAGCUGGAGACGCUGGAGGACUUGGAGAAAGUACUGGAGGAGGAGGACUGGAAGAGGGGUUUGGAGCUAAGCGAUAGCCACUACUAG